AUGCGUGGCGGGGCGUCCGCUCUCGUGCAGGCGCUGACAGUGAGUGGGGCCGUGUGGAUGUCCCCAGCGGAGGCUUUGACUGUUCAGAAAUCGAGUCAUCUAGCACAAUUAGAGAACAGUCAGCACGUCGAAGGUGUUGCCGAAAGCCUCGCUCUGUCGCCGUCUUUUCUGGCUUCAGGUAUCUCGUCUGAAGUGAGCUACACGCUUGCAACCGACGAUGGAACGCUCAUUUGCGCGAUCUCGAGUGAAGGUCAGCCGUGCCGGAACCGACAGUUGCACACCAACCAUGGUUACAUCACUGGAGCAAGUUGUCCCAACGGCCUUUGCUGCAGCAAAACAAUGUGCGGCGCCGGCGGCUGCGGGGAAUUUUGCUCCAGCAGUUGGGUGUUUUGCAGCACGGGCCUCAUCUAUCACGCAGAUAAAAGCUACGGAGGUGACUGCAGCUGCGAGAAGCAGCAGCAUCAGUGCCACAAAGACGCGGAGUGCGUCGAAGAUCUGAAUGCUGGAGGCAGUGUGCGCUGCAGGUGCAAAGACGGCUUCAUGGGCGAUGGCAAGACUUGUAAGCCGGACCCGUGCCAAAGCCGAGGGAACGAGAAAUGCGGGUCGAACGGGUCUUGCAUUGUCGUAGAUGCUAAUCGAUACACGUGCGCGUGCGGUGAAGGCGAAGUCCUGGAGCCGACCUUAGAAGGCGGAUACAGCUGCAAGAAGACGGGAUGCAAUGCCUACAGCGAAUACUGUAAUCCCGGCAGAUGCAUCGAUGAUGCAUCUCAACCGAGUCGCUACACAUGUGAAUGCCCUCAAGACUCAUGGAGAACCACUGAAGGCAAGAACCCGAUGUGUUACCCGACUUGCGAGGAGAUGGGCGGGAAGGACAAAUGUGGACCCGGUUCGUGCCGGGCAAUAGGGAAGGACAAGUACGCCUGCGACUGUCCUGCGGGAUACUCCCGUUCUAUGACUUCCCAGUCGGAAGAGAAAUGCGUGCAAGGGGCCGAAGCUUCGUUAGCGGAAAGAUGCGAGAAGGAGCUCGGCAUCAGUUUGUCCGCUAGUAACGCGAAAUGCGACUGUAGCAAAUGCGGAACGGCUCGAUAA